GCACGACCUGGUGUGCGGCUUGAUGCAACACCGCAGACAGAGCGCCAGACCCAGAAAACCCGCAGCUGGACCUUUGUUGCGCUCAAGAACUCGGGCGGGUCAGGGGGUUCUGAGGACGACCAGCCGAGGAGGGAGAGACCCGAGGAAGACCGGACGGAUCGUGAGGAAAGCGUAACAAAGACAAAAGCUAAUCUGACGGAAACUGAACGUCCAGCAGCUUCUGCGCUCUAAUUGUGUUCAGUGAGCUGCGAGACUCUCAGCUCAGCAAACAGCAGUCGCUCAGCAUCAGCAGAAGGCCUCACAGGAAACCAUGGCGACGGUAUCCAGCAGCUCGCUGCUCAACAAGGCGGUCCGGCAGCAGUACAUGAACCUGCCUCAGGGCGGGAAGUGCCAGGUCACCUACAUCUGGGUGGACGGCACCGGAGAGGGGCUGCGCAACAAGACCAGGACCCUGGACUCAGAACCAACCAGCAUCGAAGAAAUCCCAGAGUGGAACUUCGACGGGUCGAGCACCUACCAGUCCGAAGGCUCCAACAGCGACAUGUACCUCAUCCCAGUCCGCAUGUUCAGGGAUCCCUUCACCCUUGACCCCAAUAAACUCGUCCUCUGUGAGGUCCUCAAAUACAACCGCCUUCCUGCCGAAACCAACCAUCGCCACAGCUGCAACCGAGUGAUGCAGCAGGUGAAGGAGCACUACUUGUGGUUCGGCAUGGAGCAGGAAUACACCCUGCUGGGGACCGAUGGACAUCCGUUCAGCUGGCCUUCAAACGGAUUCCCAGCACCACAAGGCCCGUAUUACUGCAGCGUCGGAGCGAACCACGCGUACGGACGGGACGUCGUGGAGUGUCACUACAAAGCCUGCCUCUACGCCGGCGUCCAGAUCUGCGGCACCAACGCUGAAGUCAUGCCGUCUCAGUGGGAGUUCCAGGUGGGUCCCUGUGAAGGCAUUGAGAUGGGCGACCAUCUUUGGGUGGCGCGCUUCCUGCUGCAUCGUGUGUGUGAAGACUUCGGGAUCAUCGCCACCCUGGACCCCAAACCGAUAACAGGCAACUGGAACGGCGCUGGCUGCCACACCAAUGUCAGCACCCAGCAGAUGAGGGAAGAAGAAGGACUGCAGUACAUUGAGCAGGCCAUUAGCAAGCUGAGCAAAACGCACAAGCAGCACAUCGCGGUGUACGACCCGCACGGCGGAAAGGACAACAUGCGGCGCCUCACGGGUCUGCACGAAACCUCCAGCAUCAACGACUUCUCCGCCGGCGUCGCCAACCGCGGCGCCAGCAUCCGCAUCCCGCGGCAGGUGGGCAAGGACAAGCGGGGCUACUUCGAGGACCGCCGUCCUGCAGCGAACUGCGACCCCUACGCAGUUACCAUGGCGAUCGCUCAAACCUGCUUCCUCGAUCCAACGGAAGAAGAGAGCAAGAAGGAGGAGUCAGCUUAGGCUGCGUUCAGACAGCAGAGUGAAGUGACACAAAUAUGAUUGUUUUUUGACUUACGGGUGUUCAAAGUGCGGUCCGUGGGCCAUUUAUGGCCCUUGGACUGGUUUUGUGCGGCCCCAAUCGGCAUUUAAAAGAUUAUACAAAUUUGGCUGAUAGAUGCAAACGGAGACUUUUAAUUUGUAAUGAGGGUAAAAUGAUUAAGGAUAUAAAUUUAUACAAUGGAGAAUGAAAAGUAAAACACAAAGUGUUUCUGUUUUAUAACAAACCAUGUUUGCCUACAGCCUUUUACUGAAAAGGCAACCAAAUGAGCUUUAAUUUAAUUUAGGAAUGCACAAUACAUCGACAUCAGUAUCAGCCGAUACCAGUCAUUUUUUUAACAUAUUGAUAUCGGUCUGAUUAAUAAACAACCAAUAUUUAUUUUUAUCUGUUUCUGGUUGGGAGUUUUUUUCCAAAGGUGUCAGAACAGAAGUGAAAUGUAUAUUAUAUCGGUUAUCAAUAUUAAAAGAAAUAUUGAUAUCGGAUAUCUAUAUCGGCCCAAGCUUUUGUAUCGGUGCAUUCCUAAUUUAAUUCGUUAAACUUGACGAAAUAUAGCAAAUGUUUUGAGAAAUAAAUCACCUAAAUCUUGUUCUUAUUACUGAAAAUACAUUUGUUCAAUCAAGCCGAAACGAAACGGGAAAUUAGAUGCUUUUCUUUAAAUACAGCAAACAUAAAAAAUCUACAAUGGCGCAUUAGAAAAAAAGGAAAAAACGUUGAGAUUUUGAGAGUAAUCUGAGAAAUUUUCUCCCAAAAACUUGGAAAUAUUGAAGUUCUCAAACUCGGAUUCAAAAAAGUUGAAAUCUUUUGACAUUUUUUUCUAGAAAAUUUAUAAGCCAUCUCAAAAUUAGAUUUUUUUGUAAUUUGUAGCUAAUUUUACA